CUUUCGAAUUCCAAGUUUGAAAUAUAAAACACUGCAUGCCAAAGAGGAUUUUCGGAUAUUAAAAUGCUCAAGAAAACGUCUGAAACGAGCUUCGAUGAAACGUGGAGCUUAUAGGACGAUAAGCAGGCAUAAGUCGAAAUGCUACAGCUAUAUUUCUCGCUAUAUGUGAAGCUGCAGUAGUUGAGUGGGGUAAACUCGCUGGCUGCUACAACCUCACACUGUAUGUCUAGAAUUUUAUACUUGUUAUAAAAUUUAAUAGUUAUCGCUAUAAUGCCUCUACACGACUAUACAACUGGGAAUGUGAUAGGCAAAGGGACUUACGGGGAAGUGUCUUUGGUUAAACACAAGAAAGAUCGAAAGCAGGUACGUUGUAGACAUAUUUAUCGAUGAUUCAUUCCCAUUAAACAAUAGACAAUACAGACAAUGCUAUACGUUUCAAUGACAAACGUGUGGUUUGGAUUGAGUAUCCAAUUACUUUGUAUAGAAGCUGACAGGAUUAUAUGAGUGCAUGGUUUUUUAUGCUAUUGAUACGUCCAGAACAGAGUAAUUUGUUGUAAACAGGUUGUCCCUGGAGUUACAAAAACAUUUGUGUGUCAUACACUGGUACACACAAUUAUAUCAUGUAGUGUCUACAGGCUUUGAUUUUAUAUCACAGUGUGCAAGCAUGAUAGAUUAUGGUAGAAUACAGGGAACAAGCGAUGUAUGCUAUAUAUAUAGCCCUGACUGAGGGUGUGUGGCAUAUGAGGGCUGUAUAUAGCAUACAUCCCGAUGUUCGACUUCUUUCACGAUUGAAGAGGUUUCCCAACAAUAGCCAAAUUCAUAUUAGGGACGGGAAACUCAUCUUAGAUGGGAAACUCGUCUAAUAUGAAUCCGGGGGCAGACGAGUUUCCCGUCCGAACUUUCCCGUCUAACUUACCCGUCCACACAGACGGGAAAGUUAAAAUUCGAAUUUAUUAGUCCCUAAAUUCAUAUUCAGACGGGUUUUAACAGAUGAGUUUCCCGUCCCUAAUAUGAAUUCGGCUAAUGCGUUGUCUAUUUUGUUCAAGUUGGACAAACAUUUUGCCAGAUUUUUUCUGAUUUCUUAUUUAAUUGAUAUUCAUACUGUGGUAUGCCAAGGAAAACCAUUCAAUCAUAACAUAAGGGAAUUAAAAUAGUAAAUUAGAUUUACAUACUAUUAGAUGUUUAUUGUAACUUAAGGAUUGCCAAUCAUAAUCCAAUUAAAAUGGGGGUGCUCCUUGAGCCUUAAAUCAUGGGAGAAUUUGGGUAAAUGGAACUAUAUACAGCAGUGUUCUCACUGGGAACUGUUGAAACACUGCUCUAGGCAGGGCCGGGCAAUUAGUGUUACUGGUGGUAGGAUAUUAUCUUUCAAAAUAAGAAAUGGAUUUGAUAAGGAUAUUGGCAACUAUAGUACUGAUAUCAAACAUUGGAUCAUUCCAGAAAAGAUCCAAAUUCCCCCAAGGAGGAAAUUGGCAAGGGAGAAAAAUUUGUUUCUGAUAAUACUGUAGCAAGUGUAUUAGGUCACAUCCGAAGGGGGUAGAGGCGUUUAACUUCCAUUUUCCUCUGUGGGGUACAUAUGGAUGUUUUCUGGAAUGGCCCGUUUUUAUAAGAUGUUAUUUUGUAUUACAAAAUUUAUCAAAAGGGAACUCUUUUAAUCCAAAUGAAAAAUUUAUCAGGGAACUCUUGUUGCCUAAUCCAAAUUAUUUGAUAAAGAAAUAAAGGCACUUGGCCUCCCCUUGCAUCCCCCUUUGCCGAGGCUGAGAGAGGUACAGUAUGCAUCCCCUCACACCCACAGUAAAUCCAUCUCUACUUAAAUGAACCUGUGAACAACUGAUUAAUGCCUGGGGAUCAUCUUUAUGCAGCCUGAUAAUGAGCCAGUGUAGUUUGUAAAUGCACAAUUGUGGAGAUUAGCUGGUAAGAGUAUAAACACAAUCAAAACCAAAAAGUGUUGUGCAUUUUGUGAGGCUGGAUUUCACAAAAAAUACUCCAUAUACAGAGAUCAGGCUAAGCACAUGUAUGGUGUGCAAAGCUAUUUUUUACUAUUUCAGGUGCACAAUUUCCUAGUCCGAGUGAUGAGUCAUGAUGCAUUAAUUUAAUUUAAUUAUAUCAAUGUCGUUCUCAACAAGAUGAAUUGAGAACAUAAUGACAUGCAAGUCCCAAAAUACUGCCAUGUUAUAAAAUUUAAGAUUUUACAAUUUAAAUCCAGAGUACCAAAAUCUGAGUACUUAUAUUACUGUCUAUGAUUUAUUUAAUGCAUUAAAGGGGCAUGACAUUACAUUUUUGUAGCUGUGAUGAGUGGGGGCAUUUAUUGGAUUUCUUGGGCCUCAAUUAGAGAGAGGCAUUUAUUCAGUUUUACAAUUCUUACACAAGUCCGAGGUUUCAUUUUUUGUUCAAAGGCAGUAAAUGCGAGGAAUAAUUGAGAGACAUCCUAGCUAUGGCUUUGGAUGUAACCACGAGAAUCUUUCGACCAAUUCCCUGACCGUGGUAUUUGGCAUGUAUACGCGCAGACAUGAAGAACUGACAGUCUCCCUUUCAUCCACAAUUAUAUGAUUUGCAAGCUGACAGCUUUGCCAUAACAUUAUUCUCCACUAUCAAAAUUCUGCGAUUUGUGUCCUUUAAACAGUUCAAAAACUCGAGAAUUAGUUAACCAUUGCCUCUAUGCACACCCUCUGAUAUCUCUGAAACGGCUGGUAAAUCUGUUUUAACAGCAAGAUGAUGCAAGCCAUUGUAGUAAACCAAUUGGAUGUUUGCUCGGUUGUUUGAAUAUGAACUAACUGAACAUUAUGUAUAUCUGAGUGCUGCAUGUGUUUUUAAAACAUCUUACAAUUAAGUUGUAAUUACUAAAUAAAUAUAUAAAGAAGAAUCAGAGUACCGAGUUCUUAUUGGUCGUCAUGCUCAUGUGGUGUUCCUGUACAAAGGUAGGAAAGAGUAAAUACUUCCCCUAAAAAUAUGAGCCAAAGGAGCUCUGGCAAAUAAAAGGCUACGUUUUUCUGUAGCCGUGCAGCAGCUAAUCUUCUUUGCUUACAGUAUUAUAAGGGUUACUUCAAAUUACUGAGUUCUUAUUGGUUGUUCAGCUUCAAGUAAAAGAAACAAAAUAUCGAAAAAGAAAUACCGAUAAUAUCGAUAUUUCGAUAUUUAUGUAACCUUAAGCCUGAUUUUGCCAAACGUAAAAGCCUUCUUAAAAACAGUAUUGUGAAACGGUAACUAUCUACAGUAUAUAUAAGCACAUGCAUACAAUACAAUAACAAUACAAUAAACACAUAAGGUAAGCACAUACAAUAUUCCAUAUAGCACAUAUGAUGUGGUAACUAUCUGUAACAUAUUAAGUAAGCCUGCGCGCAUACAAUCCUCUAGAACGUAAUAAAUAGUAAUACUGACAAUAUAUCAGGAGUUUUGUUAAUAUUUAUAAUAUGGCAGGCUGUAUUGUAAAAAUAGGCAUCUGAACCGAAAAUGUGCAUGGUACUGAUCCUUUACCUUUUCCAAUUUACCAUCUUCCAGCUGUUGAUUGAGCACCUGGGGUGGUGCAUGGUCAUUUUCUUGUAAAAUAUUAUACUGGGACAAAUGUUUCCUUCCAAUGACCACCCCUAAAAGCAACCCUUCUACACACUAUAAGCACUUCUGAAAGGCUAACUCUUUUCCUUUUCGGAAGUAAGAGCUAUGUCGACACUGCCGUUUCAGGGCGGGGUCAUUUUCAUGACUUUCGUCCCGGAUUCAGGUUUUGCAUGGCACAUAUGCUAUGAUGACCGCCAUGGUCAUUUUACCCUAAAACAGUUGAGAUUACCUGUCCUAAAUGAAACGCAUACAAACUCAUAUACAGUCCUGGGCUACAAAUAGAAUUAGCUAUUUUUCCUGGUUGUUUCCCAAACCUGUUUGACAUGUUUUUACAAAUAGCCACUCAUAAUAUCGGUAAAAUUUGCAAGCGACCCUAGAGCGGGUCAUUUCCGAAUUGCGGUCGCAUGCCCAUAGACCACAAUUUGAAAACGAUGCUGCGUGCUAAAUUGUAUUGUUUCUUUAGCAAAUUAGAACUAAGCUAUGCUAGAAUAUCGUGUGUAAAAACUCCGAGCGGAAGAUUGUAUACAUACAUAUAAGUCAUUACAAGAACUUGUGGUCAAUGCUCUGCAGUUCAGUUGGUUAGAGCCCUGCACUGGAAUCGCAGAGUAAUUCGAUCCUUGCUAGAGGAGCAUUGGGCCUAUAUACUGUAGUUGCCUUUUUCGAAAAAGGGGCACAAAAGCCUUGCCAUUUAUAUUGAUGCUGUUGACUGUUAAUUUAAAAAUCCGAUUUAGCCUCACCUCGCAUAACAACCGUAACAGAGAGUUUUUUACUUUUUAUGGUUUGACGGAAGAGAAUCAUGUCAAACUUAACCGACUCUCUGAUGUUAGUUGAAAGAAAACAACGGGAGAGUCAAGAAAUGGGGUGUGGUCGCGGGCGUGGCUCACACUUAACUCUCCGAAGUCUUAACUCUCCUUGUGAUAACUCUCCGUUUAGUCAUACCCGGAUAAUAUAUUUAGCAUGCAUGGUAUUUAAGUCGCCUCCAAAUAUUUCUCGCCAAACAUUAUUCGGGUAAUUUUAUGAUAAACAGAUCGAAAACUAUGCUAAAUAAAUCUUCGGAUACACGAGCAAUAUUUUUGCUGUGAUGGUUACGCAAUGGUUGAUGAAGUGUUGCGUUGUCGUCGCACAAGGUAGCUACACCUGCAAUAUUUCACUUGCAAUAUACGUCUUUAUAACGCUUUUCAUUGGGUGGUCAAGAAACGUGUCAAUCAUCAACCUUGACCUUCCUUGACCAUACCUCCCAAUUUUCGCCAAUCAUUGCCAAAAAUCAAAUGAUUUGAAAUUUCGGCAAUGAUUGCGCGAAGCUUUGCGUUGCCGUCGCAGAGCACAUUACACGUCAAGCAAUUUCUUUCUCGCGACGGCAAUGCCACGAUUUUACCACCAUUGCAUUGCCGUCGCCAGAAAAAUAUUGCCCGUGCAUGUAUCCGUAGCUUAAAGAAUGAUUGUGAUUUCCACAAAAGUUAAAGUACAUGCACGUGUCCCGAAGAUUAGCAGUAUACUCUUGCAUCAUAUUAUUUCCAUUUUUUUCAUUCUUUAGUAUGUGAUCAAGCGGGUCGACAUUCACAAUGCAUCCAAACGAGAACAGAAAGCAGCCGAACAGGAGGUACAGUAAGAUAUAAUCUUUUGGUUUGGAAAACAUCAUGUACCUCAGUACCUGUAUAUUUAUCAUUGCAAAGCUUUCGAUCCGUAUGCUUGGAUCCGUAAGCUUGGAUCGUGCUAAUUAAUUAAUUGGCACAUUUAAUUAAAUAAGUGAGCAAUGGCGUGAUCUUGUUUUAUUUAAUUUGUUGUUUUUGAGUGAAAAAGCCCGAAACGUUUCCAAAACGAAACACACCGUUUCAAUUUGUUUUGUUAACCUUACUGUGCAUCUAUCUUGUUUUAUUAGUUGAUGGGACGCUUAUGCAGCUAUAUGUAGGUUUCGGCCUUAAACUAUCCAUUAGUUAUCCGAGCUUUCCGUCCACUUUAGCCCUUAAUAUCCAAACAUUUAUCCCUAAAUAUCCUCUACGCACGCCAGCACAGAAUAAACACUUACAAGUACAAAUGAAGGAGAUAGAAAUGAGUCUUGAGAUAAAAAUCUGAGAUAACCAAUUUCUUGGUUAAUUGUUUUAACCAAUUUGUGUUUACAGUUAUAUUAGAUUAUCAAUAUGAUUGUAAACUUUCUUUUGAAGGCUAAACUACUGUCUCAAGUAAGACAUCCCAAUAUUGUUUCGUAUAAGGAAUCUUUCCAAGGUGACGAUGGAUUUUUGUAUAUUGUCAUGGCAUUCUGUGAAGGUGGUGAUAUGUACUCCAGACUAAAAGAUCAGAAAGGAACUUAUUUGGAGGAAAGGCAGAUUGUGGAAUGGUUUGUCCAGAUUGCCAUGGCACUUCAGGUACGGUACAGUACUGAAGCCAUUAAUUAUUAAAAUAAUUAAUGUUUUUAUGGAGGGUAUUUCGCAAUGAAAUUAACUAGCAAAAUAUUUUUCCUUUCCGCAAAUCUGAGAAAAUAUUAUAAUAUUUUCUCAGAUUUGCGGAAGGGAAAAAUAAAACGUGCUGAGUGAUAUGUUGUGUCUGAUGUGUGGUUUCAUGUUCAGGUUAUUGUGCGCUUCAGGUCGUGAAUAUUUCCAAACGCCACUUUUUAUGUUGCAUCAACCUGUCCUGCAUUGCCAUGCAUGCAACAUGCAAUUUAAACCUCCGCGUGAUAUAUGAUAUCAACCUCAUGCAUCAACCUCGUCUAAAAAUAUCUAUAGAAAGUGCACAUGUAUAAAAAAACGGCGAAUUAUCCAAGAUUCAAAAUCAAAACAGAUUUUUUAAGUAUAGACCCGAAUACGUUCUUCCAAACGUUGCGCUGUUUGGUGGUUGUGGCGUUGUACUUAUACAGAGUGUUUACUUUUUUGUUGAUGUAACUCUGAGGGUCUCCACACCGGGCAAACUGAAUAAAAUGUAUUUCAUGUUACUUCAAUAUUACAGUACCACUAACAUUAAUUUGUCGUGAUGUUUAGUAUCUACAUGAUCGACAUAUUCUCCAUCGUGACUUGAAGACGCAGAAUAUAUUCUUGACCAAAAGUAAAAUCAUUAAGGUAAGGCCAAAAAUGGAUGCGUUGUUUAGUAUAUGCAUCACUUCGCAUUUUAUAACUGUUACAUUCGAAUGAAUUAGUAUAUGUAGGCUGUAUUAUUAAUACGUAUUUAAUAGGAUGCAUGGUUUCGAGUGCAAUUUGGAUAAAACAUGCACCAGUUUUUCAAAGACCCCAAAUAGUACUCGUCCUUCGGAUGCUAUAUUAAUGCUCUUUGAAACAUGCAUGUUUUAUCCAAAUUGCACUCGAAACCAUAUUACAUAAUACAUAUACUUAAAUCUUUCACCACAUACUGUAUAACAUCAUGCGAAACAAACGGACGUGGUCAUGUGGUGUUUUCUACCAAGACAAAACAAUCAUAAUGAUCACCAUGGCUGUUCUGCCAUAAUAAUAUUUGAAUGGUUAUGCAGUACUGAACCAUGCAUGCAGUGUUCAACAGCUGAAAAACCUGCUACAACUUCUCUGCUGCUAAUUUGCUAUAUUGCUACUUUUGUGAAAAUUAGUCUUAAAAGUUUAAUGUACAAAAUAUAAAUUUUGUUAGGUUGGAGAUCUUGGUAUAGCUAGAGUGCUGGAGAAUGCUUCAGAUAUGGCAACUACGUUGAUCGGAACACCAUAUUACAUGUCUCCUGAGUUGUUUUCUAAUAAACCAUACAGUUAUAAGGUAUAUUAUACAGGUUAUUGCAUGUAUAUAUUGUUUUGCAAGCUGUUGUAAGUUGCAAGUCAAACUAGUAGUACUGCAUGUAGUUGACCUGCACCACAUGUAAUUAACAAGAACUAAUUUGCAAUUACUGUAGUGCGCCAUCGUGGCUGCCGACAAAAUUUCUACGUUGCUUAUAAUAAAUUUAAUUUUUUUAAUACUUUUAACCCAAGUUUUACUGCUGAAAGUUCAUAUAGCACUUCCUAAGAACACAAUCUUGAAGGAUUAUAUUGGAUUAUCAGUGGGUGGAUCGUUCUCAGAAAGAUAACUUAUUUUGUCAGUGAAUUCGCUUGUUUUUCAGGGCGCGAAAUAACGGCCGGUCAACGGACAAUGUCCGGCCAGAAUGCGGAAUUGUCCGCUCAAAUUCUUACCUUGCCGGUCAUUUUGACCGAUCACUUUCGGUAAAAAAAAACAAACAACCGAUCUUCAUUUGAAUUAAUAAUCAAAACAAAGUUGUCAAGCAUUAUAAUUAAGAACCAUAACAUGUUGUCCAAUAUCUAGCGGGAAAAGAACUUCAAUGUACGCCAGCUUUCCCACGCAGUACGUCACAAAGCCCAUGGCCAUGCUUUUGGCUUAAGAGUUAAUUAAGGCCAUUGUUUUAGCGCAGUGCAAGUUGUUUUAUGUGAAGGACUUUUUAAUUACUGAUUACAGUAAAGCUCAGUUUUUGUAAUGCUAUACUGGGAAAAUAGUCACAUUUUUAGGGGUAUACUUUACUAUGCUUUAAGCUGAAUAAUUUGACUGGCCAGAAAUUCGGUAUGUCCGAGCUAAAAUUGAAUUGGUCGGUCACCCUGACCGGCGAUCCUCCAGCCGUUAUUUCGCGCCCUGUUUUUAUAUUCCGCUCUUGCACGAAUAACAUCAAAACCUCUGUAUUUGGUCCCAGCCUGUUACUGUCAAACACCAUGUCUCUCGCACCCAAGAUCGACGAAGUAAGCUAUUGCAUCACGAAAAAUAAACCUGACAUAGCUUGUUUACCGAAACAUGGCUUUACGACGCCAUUAGUGAAGAUUUCCUUCAUAUUCCUGGUUAUAUAACCUUAUUUGUAAAAAUCGAACAACUGUUGCCGUUGGUGUGGACAACAAACCUUAUCGUAUAAAAAAUGCUUCCUUCCACGUCCUUAGAGUUGCCAGUUUAAUUUACAAGUUUCACACCGCUUUUUUAUAUCUGUUUAUAUUCAAGAUAAUGUAGAAAUUUAAUUGCUGACGUGACGACGGCGCCAUUUUUUUACAAGAUUCCGCCGGCCCUCGCCAGAUCGUGACCUUCACAUGACGCAACGAGGGCCUGCGGAGGAGGCAGUGGCCAUAGUAGCAGCGGCAAGGGGCCGCCAACGUCGGGGUCCUUAGUUCCAGCCCUAGGGCUCAAAAAGCAUUCAAGGACCUUACUGUAUGUAUCUCAUUUUAUAGUCCGAUGUUUGGGCUUUAGGAUGUUGUCUCUACGAGAUGUGCACUUUAAAACAUGCAUUCAACGCAAAGGAUAUGAAUUCACUAGUUUAUAAAAUCCUCAAAGGAAAGGUUAGUGUGUUUUUAUAAAUUGUAUAUAGUUUGGAGUGGUUUAUACUUUAGCACUUGAACGGUCGUCAAGAUAGUUUGGAGAGGCUUAGCACUUGAACGGGUUUAGCACUUGAAUGGUCGUCGAGAUAGUUUGAAGGGGGUUAGCACUUGAAUGGUCGUCAAGAGAGGUUUGUGAAACCACGUGGUGAAGAGUUGAGCCAGUUGAGAUUGACUAAAUUCAAAAUUUUUAUUUUUCGAUACGUUUCUUAAUCGGGAACCAAACUUAAAAAGUAUGCUUAGUGCUUUAUCUGUAAAAUAAUGCUAAAAUGAAGCGAUUUUAGUUGGUACGCCAAAGAGAAAAUGAUGGCUGAAGUUCAGUAAGUUUUGCUUAUAUGGCUGUAAAUAUAUGGCGUCAAUUUUAAAGCAUCAUUGAUAAUUGUAUUUUAAUUGACAAUUUUUAACUAUUAUUUUAUGUUUCUCAACCGGCAGAUGCAUUUAAAAAGGUUACUUGGUAACUCUACCUGUAUAAACUAGAAGAUAAAGCUAAAGCAAAGUAAUUUUGAGAGGAACGCCAAAACGAUUUUAGAUUUUGAACACUUUUCAUUGCAAAUACGUGACAUUGAAAAAAAUAGCCUCUUAAUUAGUUUAAGUAUUAAAAAUAUGUGUGCUAUCCUAAUUGCUUGGAGUAAUUUCAUUCUGUUUUUAUUUAUCUUAAUGCUCUUAAAGACGAAUAACUUGCUGUUUUGUCGUUUUUGAGCCGCCAUCUUGUUUUUUUUUGCUGGCAUGAUAUGAGCUAAUACCCUGCUAGUACAGAGCCAAUCAGAUUGCAGAAUAGCUUAUACCCGGUAGUUGUCUAUGUAAUAUAUAAAAAUACAGUAACCUUACGAUUACUAUUUAACCCUCCUGUCAAGGGGCCUUAUUCGCCCUAAAGUCGUUUUUUAUCAUUUUCAUGCUGACGAAUAUCAAAUCCACUGUUUAUAUAUAUAAUUAUAUCUACAUCGGCAUCGCGGUAAAGCCUUCAGCACGAUGUGGUCGUCUUAUCCCACUGAUGCUCACCUCGCAUGGACAGCAAAAACCCAGUGAGCUCUAUAUAUAUCUGGAGCAAGAACUUCAGUCAUUCGGCGUAUAAGAUGGCGGAAUUGAUGUCCAAUGAAGGUUAUAAAUAGUUUUAAUACCAUUUCCACCAACUAAUUUCAGGGUUUUUUCUUACGGACCGUAUCAAUAAUCAAGUUAUCAGUUGAUAGAACUUAAAUCGAAGUCAAAAUACAAGAUUUCGGCACACUUCUUGCAGACCGCGCAGAGAAAACGAUAGAAAGGAACUGAAACUGUCGUCCAAACCCCCAUCUUUGCCUUUGGCUUCACUUUUUAGACUUGAGUUCUCGCUCCAGAUAUAUAUGGAGCUCACUGCAAAAACCUUCAUCCAUAAUUGUGAGUAUAUAAUUCAAUAUCGCCAAUUCCUUGCAUUAGCUUCCGACUAUGCCAAAGAUUUACAGUUAUGAUCUUUGCGAUAUUAUUCGCUCAAUGUUGGGCCAAGAUCCAGAGAAAAGACCGAGUGUGGCCAGAUUACUGAGACAUUCGUUUAUUAAGAAGCAAAUCGCUCUGUUUCUCGAGGGAACCAAGAAUAGGUAAGUUGAUAUCAUUGGUUAGUUACCUAAGACGGGUUCUAUGAUAUAGAUGAACAUAAAUUACUUGUUUUAUCAGGCAAAAGAAAAAUUUGAAAGCGAAAGAAGCACAGGCCAACACGUCCAAGUCAUCUAAAGCAUCCGAUUCCGGUUACAGUGGUAUGGAUUCUCGCGAGGAUCCUAAGACAAGCGACUCAGCGCGAUCUAAGGUAACCGGUAACGAAGAAAGUAGACAGCCGGAACGCAAUAAUCGUGAUAUGAACUCAAAUGAUCAAGUGGUUAAACAGGAAAACGAGAGUCAGUUUUCGGCAAGGAAUAAAGCAUCGAAAGUUGCGUCUUACGAGGAACGCGAAGCGAAGGAGGUAAAAAAGAACUUAAAAAGUGAACAAAAGUCUCAUGAUGGACGCAAGUCUCAAGAAGGAAGGAAAGCUGAAGAUGACGGUCGCGCUGAGUCGUCUGAUCGCCAGGUAUAGGAAUACUAUCGAUAAUAUAUAUAGAGAGAGGGUUUCCAAAAUUCUGACAAUAGAAAUACUAGGAAGGACCCUAAAAAUAAUCUGGAAACCGUUUUGUUGCAUGAACAUAGUAUGAUAUUUAGUUAACGAUGGUGCUUGUUUAUCAGGGUUCGUACGGGUCCCGGAAAACCUGGAAAGUCAUGGAAUUUCAAUAUUCCAAAAUCCAGGCCUGGAAAUCCUGGAAAUCAAUUUUAGUCAUGGAAAGUCAUGGAAAAUUGAAAUUUUACAUAACAGCAACAAAAUGUUUUACUUAUUUCAAUUUACCAGUCAUAACAAUAAUAUGAACGGAUUUUUGCAAGAGCGAAGUAACGGAUUUUUGCAAGAGCGAAGUGAAUUUUGUUCUUUUAUUACAUCUGUUAUCGUUAAAAUAUUAACGAAUUUCAGAAAUUCCAGACUUCCAGGUCAUGGAUUUUGAAAAAAUUUCUUGGGAAGUCAUGGAAAAGUCAUGGAAUUUUAAAUGGAAGAAGGUGUACGAACCCUGUUUUUUCUAUUGUAUGAAAAAACGCCGACACGUUAUUUAAAGUGAUUGUGUUAAUGUGUAUCGAAUAAUUACAUGGUAUGCGAUGGCGAUGAUUACCCCAUUUGAGCGCCAACGCUCUCCACCUUACAAGAAUAAAAUAGAUUGUCUGGUGUUAGACAAACCAAAGUAUAGAAAUGUUUCGAAUCUCCCGGCGAUCCUGUAGAAGCGCUUGUGACUAAUAUUUUGUGAAUUUCUUUUCUCUAAACAGUCCUCCAGAUCUCGCCCACUGCCUCCGAAACCUCCAAGCCGAAAUAUUGUGGAUGCCAGUAACAACCCUGACACGAAAGUCUCUCGUGAACGAAGGCGGUAUAAAGUCUCUAAACAAACUGAAGAGAAAGGAAGCCUUGCUGAAUCACCGGCAAACUCGAAGGAAAGGUAGGUGAACACUGCAUGUGUGUGUGUGUCUUUCAAAUAUAAUCUUCCUGCAGCCAUAUGUGAGGAAAACGCUUCCAAUUUGAGUCCAAUACAUACCAAAGAUUUUGUUUUGUCCAGGUUUUCUUCUGUAUAGUGAGACAACAAUAUUUUCGCUGUACUCUGCAAUGUCAGGAUACAUAUGCAGUUGUUCACCGUUUAAACAUAAAAUACCGCUGCUAUAUACUCAUGUUUUAGUGUUAAUAUAUAUCCUAUAAACAUUAAUCUAAGCAUUUGACAACUUGUUUCAAAAUUUAGAAGUCCGAUAUAGUUCAUCAAUUUAAAAAAAUAUAUAGUCUUGUCAAGCCCAUGCAUGUGAUGGCAAAAGAGAAAACUUAAAAUACAGAACAUCAUUUAUGACAUAUCGAGCAAUCAUCUGAACUUAUAUAGUUAUAUCAUUUUAAUUCUUUUGCUAUUCUUCACAGAAUAAUUUAGCAUUGUCCGAAUAGCACUGUCCGAAAACUGGGCAACAUAUACUGUAUAUUUCGAAAAUAAACUCGCAAAGGCAAAGCUGAGGAAGUGUUCGACAAAAAGCGAAUUUUAAUGAUAAAACCUUUUAUUUUAGUGUCGGACAUGAGGAACUGAAGCCUAAGGUGAGCACUCUAUUAAAACUAAAUAAUAGGAUGCGCAUGCAGACAAUUAUAUGUUUUGAAAAGAUUCUGCAGGAAGUUAUUUCAAAUUAAAUUGGUCUUUUUUAUGUAUACGUACUAAGGUUUCAAGUGGGAACCCAACAUCUGCCAGGGAACGUCGACGACAGCGCGAAAGAGAAAGUAUGGGCAAAGCACAAUCAAUUUUACCAUCAAGUUUGAGUUCUGAGAAAAUUUCGAGUUCACCAAUAUCCAGUGACACUAAAGGUUUGUUAUACUGCUACUGUACGUGAUCUGGUGAUAUCGAGACUGAGAGUUUUGUGUCAAAUACAAAUUAAUUUGAGGAUGUUACCAUUGAAUAUUUUGCAAAU